UCAAACCAACGUGCAGAAGUUCAUCCUCCUGGGCUUUCCCGGCACUUGGUAUUUCCAGGUGGCCCUUGCUGUGCUGUUUUCUGUGAUGUACGUCUUAACGAUCCUAGGGAACAUGUCCAUCAUAGCCGUAGUGAGGACCCACUCACGCCUUCACACCCCCAUGUACUUCUUCCUCUGCAAUCUCUCCUUCCUUGAGAUCUGGGGCACCAUAGCAUGUGUUCCCAAGGCCAUUGGCGUCAUGCUGGGCACAAGUCAAACAAUCUCUUUCACUGUCUGCCUCUUACAAUUGUUUUUUCUCCUCUCCAUGGGUGCCACAGAAUGUUUCCUCCUGGCCGUAAUGGCCUAUGACAGCUAUCUGGCCAUAUGCCAUCCAUUGCACUACAGCUUCCGCAUGAACAGCACCUUCUGUGCUCAGCUAGCACUCCUCUCUUGGCUGUGUGGGUUCCUGGAUGUCUCUGUGCUGGCAGCUCUAAUAUCCAGGUUGUCUUUCUGUGGCCAUAAUGUCAUCAAUCAUUUCAUUUGUGACAUAGAUUCAUGGAUUGCGCUUUCCUGUGCCAAGACGCACCUCAUUGAGCUGGCAACUUUCAUCGACUCAUUCAUUGUUGUCAUAGUCUCAUGCACAAUAACCUUGGUAUCCUACAUUUUCAUUAUCUCCACCAUCUUGAGAAUCCCUUCAGCCCAAGGCCGGAAAAAGGCCUUUUCCACUUGCUCGGCCCACCUCACUGUUGUGACUAUCUGGUACGGCUCUGGUAUUUUUCUGUAUGUCAAGCCUUCUGCACAGAAAUCGUUGGAUUUGAAUAAAGCUAUCAACAUCUUUAACACUAUGGUCACUCCCUAA